AUGAUGUUAUCACCGCAUGCUUCUAACAACAUACAGUCCACUCAAGAUCAGCAGCAGCAGACCAAACAUCAGCAGUCGUUAUUGCAGCGAUCCCAGACCUAUCUGUCGCCAUCGGAUUAUCUCACCGUGAAAUCUCAGCUGCCAAAGGACCUGGGCAACCCUGCCCGGUUCCCUUUCGGUCCUGCAGAUCCGCCAUUCGGCCUUGGCAGCGCGCUUGCUAUGCAGCCAGACCUGGGAGCAGACCCAAAGUCCUCUUCACAUGGGAUCAGCGGGACCACGAGUAGUGCGCUGAAUACUGCUGAUAUGCAGUUUUCAGGGUAUUUGCUCAACGGACAGCCCGAGCUCGCUCGCGCAUACUACUCGGGUCAGAAUGGUGGUUACCCGUAUGCCGACCGCCGCAGGUUUCAUGACAGCACAGCGUGGGGCUGGCCGUCUAAUGGACAGCAUUGGACUUGCCGAGGGCCAAGACUUCUCGAGCCCUAUGAUGGGUGCCCCGGGUUUAGCAGCCUCGCCAUCUCACGGGUGCCAAGUGGGCUCUGGGCCGCUUCUCUCGCCAUCUCAGCCCACAGCCACCAAUAUGGCAGCGUCAGCGACAUCAUCAGCGGUGCAAACACCAUCGUUAGCCAGCUUACCCUCGGUUGGAAAUAUCCCGAUCCUCGGCUACAGUUCGUAUGCGUCGCUGCUCAACAAGGCGAAUCUCAAAUUUGA